AUGGAGCUCACACGAGAAGAAGCCACCGUCUUGCACGAACUCACGGGCAUCGCACACCUCCUACGCUCCCUCCCGACGGGCGAGUGGGGCGAGCUCAGCGGCACGCCCUCGCCUCUCUCCACGAGACACGGGGCACGAGGAGCACCAGGCGGAGGCCGCCGCUCCUCCAACGGCGGCGGCGAAUGCAGAGAGAGGAGAAGGAGGAGCCCAGGAGCCCCGCAGCACCUGAAGAACCACCGGUCGGAAGCGGCAGGACCCGCAAGAGGAAGAGCUCACCCAACGCUCGCGUGGGUCGUGGCAACGAGGCCUCGUGUUCCCUCCCUCCCUCCAAAAAAGAAAAAGGGGAAGGGCUUUCGUGUUCGGGGUACGACGAUCACAGGCGCCGCUCGUCGAUGCGCUUCUUCUGGAGCUGGAUGGCGGGCGUGCUCCAGUGCCUGCAGCACCCACCAGCCACCACACAUUACAAUACAACACCACGGGCAGUGGUCAGGUCGCUGA